AGCAACGGACGCGGCUUCCACAGCAACGAGGCCUUCCUCCGCCAAGGCCGAGGGUCCCCGACGGUCCCCAACUGCCAGGGCCAGCCACGGAACCCAUUUAACCUCCUCUCGGCUUUCUCCCAACCAUGAGUCGCUUCUACGACAGCAUCGAGCCCAACGUCAUCAAUGAGGAGAUGCUGCAGAAAGCGGUGGAGGAGCAGGGGCCUCAGGACGACGCGGGCCAGCUGGCCAAGAAGGAAGGCAUCAACUUCAAAGAGGUCAAAUCCCUGCAGCUUGACUUCAGAAAUAUCCUGAAGAUCGACAAUCUUUGGGAGUUCGUGAACCUCACAAAAUUGCAGCUCGACAACAAUAUUAUUGAAAAGAUAGAAGCACUGGACUCUCUGGUUAAUCUGGUUUGGCUAGAUUUGUCCUUCAAUAAUAUCGAAUUCAUUGAAGGCUUAGACACAUUGGUAAAGUUGCAGGACCUGAGUCUGUACAAUAACAGGAUCUCCCAGAUUGAGAAUCUGGAUACACUACAAGAACUCCAAGUCUUUUCAAUAGGAAAUAAUAAUAUCAACAAUCUGGACAAUAUGAUUUAUCUCAGGAAAUUCAAAAACCUGCGCACACUAAACCUCACUGGGAACCCAGUGUGUGACAAUGAAGUGUACUCCAUGUUCAUUGCGGCUUACCUGCCCAAUCUCGUGUACCUGGAUUUCAGGCUGGUGGAGGAGAACAGUCGAGAGAUGGCCCUGAUGAAGUACCAGUAUGCCAUAGAAGAGAUGAGGCAUGGGGAGACGCUGCUCCUGGCCAAGCAGAAGGAGUGGGAAGCCAGGGAAAAGGAGGUGGAAUACCACAAG